AAGAUUCUGUUUUCGGAUUAUCCGAAUCGGAUUGUUUUCAUCUUUAAUUGAUGGUAAUUUUUAAAUUGUUUGGUUUAUUUUCUCAUUGUUUUAGUUAAUUAUGUUUCUUUCAAACGACUAUGAAUCGUAAAUUAUCGAAAGAAGGUAAAAAAUUGUUAUCUGCUACAAUUUCAUCGGUUGAAUUUGGUAACCGAAUGAAGGAAGAGAAAGAAAUGUGGGAUCGACAUUCACAGUCGAAAAAAUCUCACCGCCAUCGUCCAUAUUCAACAUCAUCUUCAUCACAUAAGCCUCACCGUGAUCGGCAUCAUCGUUCAUCUCGAAGUCGACAUUCUAGGGAUGAUUCAAGAGACCAUAGGAAAGAAGAUGAAAGGAGAAAAACUCGAGGAGAAAGACAACCAGAAUCAACAAGAGAAUCAACUAGAGAAUCGACUAGAGAAUCAAAUUAUUAUUCUAAAAAACCACCGUCUAAUGAAUCUGAUGUAAAUAAGAAAUCUACUCAUGGUGAUAGAGAAUCUGAUGAUAGGAAGAGGAAAAUAUUCGUCCAAGAUGUGGAAAUGUCAGAUGAUGGAGAAGAUAAAAGUGAAGUAGAUGAUUUAAGUCAUGAUACAGCUUCUCAUCCAAGUGGAGAUGCAACAACCGAUGAAUGUGUAGAUGAUAUUAUAAGUCCUGCGAGAACAAGUGAAGAAGAUGAAGACCAAGACGAAAAUAAUGUUACACCAAAGAAUGAUGACGAUGAUGAAGAUAAUGCAGAUAAUGAUGAUGACGAAGGUGGUGGUGGUAGUGAAGAUGAAGAUGACGAUUCAUUGACAUACGAACCUGUUGAAGAUAAAGGUGAAUCAACGCCUGAAUUGAAAGAGAAAAGUUCAAAGAAAGAAUUAGAUAAAGAUAAAGAAGGUGAGGUUUCAAUAGAAACUGAGGAACCCAAGAAAGAUGAACGACCCUCUUAUUAUCCCGCAAUUCAGGGCUGUCGAAGUGUCGAUGAAUUUGAACGAUUAAACAAAAUCGAAGAAGGAACUUACGGAGUUGUUUACCGUGCUGAAGAUAAACGAUCUGGUGAGAUAGUUGCUCUUAAACGAGUUAAAAUGGAGAAAGAAAAAGAAGGAUUUCCGAUAACUUCGCUGAGAGAGAUCAGUACUCUUCUUAAAGCAGCUCAACAUCCGAAUAUUGUGAGCGUUAAAGAAAUAGUUAUCGGCAGUAACAUCGAUAGUAUAUUCAUUGUUAUGGAAUAUGUUGAACACGAUUUGAAGAGUUUAAUGUCCACGAUGAAACGACCCUUCACCUUAGGGGAAGUUAAAACUUUGAUGUUACAAUUAUUAAGUGCGGUCGCUCAUCUUCACGACAAUUGGAUUUUACAUCGAGAUUUAAAAACAUCUAAUCUAUUAUUUAGUCACAAAGGUAUCUUAAAGGUGGGUGAUUUUGGGUUAGCUCGAGAAUAUGGUUCUCCUCUUAAAGCUUAUACACCGAUCGUGGUCACACUUUGGUAUCGAUCUCCUGAACUGUUGUUACAAACGAAAGAGUACUCAUGUCCCAUCGAUAUUUGGUCAGUUGGAUGUAUUUUUGGUGAAUUGUUGACGAUGAAACCGUUAUUUCAAGGGAGAACCGAAAUGAAUCAACUUGACAUUAUUUUUGAAUGUUUGGGAACACCGAAUGAAAAAAUUUGGCCUGGUUACUCUGAAUUACCUUUACUGAAAAAGGUUUCAUUCUCUGAACAUCCUUACAAUAAUUUAGUUAAACGGAAACUGGAUAAAGUUAAUUUAAGUGCCAAAGGUCUUGACCUUAUCAACAGAUUUUUAGCUUAUUGUCCAGAAAGACGAAUCACCGCUGAAGAAGCAAUUAAACACGAUUUUUUCAACGAAACACCCAAACCAUUAGAUCCCUCAAUGUUUCCAACAUGGCCAGCGAAAAGUGAACAAGGAUUAAAUCGAACACAAAAAUCGAAAAGUCCAAAACCUCCUUCUGGAGGUAAACUUUUCUCCAAACAAUUAGCCACCGAUGAUGAUGAAAAAUUUGUGGGCUCAACACUUGGGUUGGCAUCAACAUCAACCUCAGGAUUUCACAUGGGAUCAGCGGCCGCUGGUAAAGCGGCUAAAAGUGGUUUCAGUCUGAAAUUUUAAUCAAAAAUCCAAAAGCCAAAAUGUAGCAAAUGAGAUUUGCUUUAACAAUUAAUCCAUUCUCAACCAUUGACUUUUUUUUAAACAAAACAAACUAACGAUGUAUUUAUAAUUGUAAAGUGUUAUUUUUCAAAUGAUAAUCAACUCGAUAACUUGUAAAAUCUUGAUAAAAUGAUUAUUUUCUGUAGGAACAAAAUUAAUGUAAAGAAUGACAAAUCAACUAUCAAUUCAUUUUGAUACAAACGAAAA